AUGGCCUUUGGUAUGGUCCUUUACAGCCUUCUUAAGUGCUGCAUGUGGCAGCUUGAUCUCAUCAUCAUGGGUCCGCUUCCGACUGCCCAAAGCUGCCGGCGUGGAAUCCACUGCGAACCCUCAGGGACAACGAACUUGGACCUGCUUGGCGAGCUGACGCGCGGCGAAGGCAAUAGCAACGACGGGGCCAGAAUGCUCAGGACGAACUCGGAGCUCAGUGUGUACUUCUACGCCGCUCCCCGGUACAUCCCGCACGGCUGGCUCCUCAAGACCGUCGUCAAUGGGGAUAAUCACAGGCGGCGGCCGCUUUGGGGUGGUAGCCCGGCGCGGCGGCUCGUACAAUGGGUCUGCGGCAGGGAGGGCUUCCCUCGCAGCGGGGCUCCCGGCGCCUCCGAUUCUUCUUUGACGUUGGCGAGUUCAUUCAACCUCGGCGAGGAUGAGCGGGGCGAGUUUGAACAAGUUGCGGUACUAGGCUGGCCGCUGCAGGUUUCAAAGCUGCCCCGUCGCGACGUUGUGUUGAGAGACUUGGUCGCCGGCGCGAAGGGUUUGCGCCACGGGAGAAGGAACCGAGACGGGAAACAGAACGCCAAACCCCAAGCCAGUGGAGAGCCGAGAUCGAGCCCUUGGCGGGAGCGAAGGGUUCUGGCGAUACACUACGAACCGGCAACCCAUGGCAGCGUCGACGCGGACUCUCCACGCGUCGUCUACACUGGUUGA